GCACGUCGAAUCUGCAAUCUGGCCAACAUCGAAGCCGAUGCUCCUCUUUCGAUCCGCCAUUUGAGUCAUCGCGAGAAGUUUAUGGUGUUUUGCGAUCAGGGCGACGAGUCAGACGCAGCACACGACUUACUCAAUACACGUACCUAGACGCCAUGUUCGAACACAUGCUUCAGGCCGAUGCAUGCCGACGUUUAUCGACCGUAAAGGAAGAAUUAAGAAGGACCAUUUACCAGUUUGUCUAUCGAGUCAAUGUACCUUACGGUGCGCCAUAGAGGUAUGAAGCUUGGUCUCACUUUGGUGAGUCACUGAGGCAGGGCUCAACUGCCUCGAAAGUUUUGAAGUAAGCUUGGUAGUCGGAGAAAGCUCUCAGAUUCCUCGAUAAAAUCAGGUCGAUAAUCACUUUGACCAUCUUGGUAAAAUCGCCGCCGAGAACAUCUGCAUAUUCUGGAAACUGUGCACACUCCAAUGGCUUGCUUCAUCUACAUCAACGGCUACCCGGGCGUCGGUAAGCUCACCGUCGCCAGCGCUCUCUCUAAACUUAUUCCACGCAGCCGCGUCUUCCACAACCACCUGGUAAUCGACCCUGUCGCCGCCAUGCUCGAUCGCGACGAUGCCGAGGCCUACAACGAUCUAAGAACCACAUUCCGCAGACACGCCUUGGACACCAUCGCCACACACCCUGCGCUUGCGGACAAGACCUUCAUCUUCACAGACGCGCGCGAGUCGGGUUCUCUCGGCAGCGAAGCGGCGCAGGAUUACAAGGCGGCCGCUGAGAAAAGGGGCGUGCCGUUCAUCUCGGUCGUGUUGCAUUGCGACGUGGAUGAGAACGUCAGGAGGCUUGGAGGCCGGAGGAGUACCGGGGUUGAUGAGGCGGCUGGUAACACCAAGUUGACCGACGGUGAGAUUCUGAGAAAGAUUCGGGAAGAUGAAACCAUCUUUCAGUUUGGGGACGAAAACGAAAUGUGUCUGGACGUCACGAACCUGAAGCCCGAUCAAUCUGCGCUCUUGAUUUCACAACAUGUGAACGCGGUUCACUAUAGUCUUGAUAAAGAAAGUUGA